AUGGAGACUCCCCAGGACGAAUAUUCCUUUACAUAUCGCCGGGCCGUGAAGCCCCGCAACGUCAUCAUCAUUGGCGCAGGUGUUGCCGGUCUCUCAGCGGGUAUUGCACUUGCGCAAACUGGCCACUCCGUAACGAUCCUCGAGAGAGUGCCCAAGAUUUCCGAGGCCGGUGCUGGGCUACAGCUCGCUCCAAAUGCGACUCGGAUUCUGCAAAGGUUGGGGGUUCUGGAAGAGGUGAUGCAGCACAUAUCUGUUCUCUCUAGAGUCAGUAUCAGACGAUAUGAUAGCGACGAUGAACUCGGCUCAACCCCGUUGAUGCCAUCCAUCGGUCUUCGAUACGGCGCUCCAAUGGGUGUAAUACACCGGGGUGAUCUGCAAUGCGUUCUUCUCAAAGCCGCCUUACAGGCCGGAUGUCGCAUUCGAACGUCACAAGUUGUUGUCGGCGUCCAUCCAUUAUUCCUGCCUUGGGUUCAAGUCAAGGAUUUGCGUACAAACGACUUCUCCUGGGUUAUUGGCAACAUUGUCAUAGCCGCCGACGGUAUCAAUUCGACAGUGAGGAAACAGUUGGCUAGAGUGACCGGUAAUAUAGACCUGCCGCUCCCAGCGGGCGAUGCAGCGUACAGACUUCUCAUCCCUCGCGAGAAGGUCAAGCAUGACAAGACACUGCUUGACAUGCUUGAUCAGAACGUAGCUGUGCGCUACAUGGGACCGGGAGGUCACGUAAUGGCGUAUCCAGUGAAGAGGAACACAGCGUAUAACCUUGUUCUUCUCCAUCCCGCUAAGAAUGCAGCACAAAGAGAUGCAAAUACAGAAGACGUUUGGUCCACGACGGGGAACCGAAAAGCGAUGCUAGACUUCUACAAGGGCUGGUCCCCCGCCAUACAGGCCUGGCUGAGCCACGCGGAGGAAGGCAUUUUGGAAUGGACCUUGGACACAUAUCCGGCAAUGCCCCGCUGGGUUCGUGGUAGUGUUGGACUAGUCGGUGAUGCAUGUCACCCCAUGCUUCCAUACGUAGCCCAAGGGGCCGCGAAUGCCAUCGAAGAUGCCGCAGUGCUCGCCGCCGCUUUGACCUGCACAUCGAAUGUGCCUCUCGCGCUGAGAGCGUAUGAAGCCGUUCGGAAGGAGCGAGCGGAGAAGAUUGCUGCCAGCGCCGCCUCCACAGGUCAAAGUCUUCACUUGGCGGAUGGAGAGGAGCAAAGAAAGAGGGAUGAUGCAAUCCGUAAGGCUAUCGUUGGUGAUGAUCGUGCGGACCGGUGGUGCGACAAUGAGUGGCAGGACUACAUGUGGGCCAACGACGUUGUGAAGUAUACGAUAGAGAACUGGACGGAAUUGGCAGCUAAAGUGGAAGUCGAACAAUCCCCGGCACCCGAUUACAAUGGCAGCAUUACCGAACCAAUCAUGAAGCUAUGA